AUGGCACGCGGGCAAGGUAGAUACCAUAAUGUUGGCCAGGAUGAGGCUGAUGAAGUUCCAUCUAAUUUGUCAUUAGACACCCCAGAGCCUCAAGGGGUAGAUGAGGCACUUCUUCCUGCGAAUCCACCAGAGUAUAAUGAAGCUGAUCGUCCGGAUAUUCUUCCCAUGGAAUUUGGUGUAGAUAAUGACGAGCAGUUGCAUUCAUUUAGUCGUUUCCGGCAGUUGAAAACUAGAAUUGAAGACAGCUUCAUAUACCCUAUGAAAAACAACGUUGUUGAUCCGCUGGUACAGUUGUACGAAAUGGCUUCAGCGAAGGUGGACUUGUAUUUGAGCAAAUUAGGGAAUCCGUUGAUUCUUCGUAGAUUUGUCUACAUUUUGUUCAUGUCGAUUAUAGUAUAUACGGUUAUCUUGAGCGGAUUAAUGCCAAACAGCAAGAGCACAGCAACCAUCGGAAUGUUUUCGGAUAAGAACCAGCUAAUAUAUUAUGCAAGCAGGUCAAUUGAUUAUGCAAAAUUGGAAGAAGACAUGGAGUACUUGAGUAGCAUGCCUCAUUUAGCUGGCACUAAAGGUGAUUAUGCUAUUACCAAUUAUAUUAAGGAGUCCUUCAGAAAUAAUGGACUCAAGCUAAUGAAGGAGAUUGCUUUCCAAGGCUAUAUGAAUUUUCCAAACCAAUCAGAGCUUAUUGUGACCAGCAGUGCUGACAAUAAAGCUCAAUCAUUCCGUUUAUCCAAAGAGAAUUUCAAUCCUUUAAGUAGUAAUGGCAACGUUGAAGAUGCUAAUCUAAUAUACGCUAACUAUGGAACCAAAGCUGAAAUGCAAGCACUAAAAGAUGCUGGUUUAAUCACUGAAAACACUAUUCUCGCUAUGAAGUAUGGAUCAUUACCAAGUGAGCAAAUACUAUUGGCCGAAAAAUAUGGCAUCAAAGGUAUCAUAUUUAUAUCAAAACCAUUCGGUGAUGACGGCGACGUGAUUCAAAAGUUAUCUGCUGGUAUUCCGCAAUAUGGGACUGGCGAUGCUCUUUCUCCAGGGUGGAGCAGUCUCCUCCCUAAAAAGAUUCACUUGAGCGACUCUAAACUAAUACCACAUAUCCCUACAAUUCCAAUUUCAUAUAACCAAGGAUUAAAGUUAAAGUCUCUGUUGAGCCAAAAUAUUGGACCCAAUAACAUUGCUUUUGAUGAUUUAUGGUAUAGUGGAAAUGCUAAUGAGGUUAAGUGUACUUUGAAAAUCUCAAAUGCUGAGAAAAUAAUGCAUCCAAGUUGGAAUAUAUUAGGUAAGAUUGAAGGUAAGGAACAGAGCGAUAAAGCUAUUAUAAUUGCUGCCAGUCGUGACUCUGCAUGUAAAGGUGCAUUGUAUCCAAACUUUGGUACUGCAUCUCUAAUGGCAUUACUACAGCUUUUCCAACAAACGAAGUAUAAAUACGACUGGAAACCAUUAAGAAAUGUUUAUUUUGUCUCUUAUGAUGGAUCUCAAUACAACAAUUUUGGGGCUUCAGAACUUAUGGAAACCGAAACAAAUCAAUUGAAAGGUGAGGUAUACACAUUUUUAGAUAUCUCACAGCUUGGUGUCGAUCCCAAGGCAGGAAAAACGCUUGAUAUUCAAGCUACCGCAUUAUUACAUUCUUUCUUCCAGGACUCCAAGAAAUUUGAUGUUCGUGUUAGAAAUGUGGAACAAUAUGGAGACUGGACUCCAUAUUUGGCCAACGGGAUUCCAACGGUGGUUAUGGGUGUACCUUUUGUGUUGAAAAAGGAUGCUCCGAUAGCAACCUGUGCAGAUGAUUUCAAAAACUGGUCUGAUAUGAUGAAGGAAACAGAAGGCAGCUGGGACCUAGUGGCAGAAACGUUAACUUAUGUCUACGAAAUGACUCUAAGAUUAAUUGACGAACCUCUGUUGCCUUUUAAUGUGAAGGACUACGUGAUGAAUAUGGAGCAUUUAUUCCAAGAUCUUCAAAAACAAGGUGGGCCUCAAUUAGAUUAUUCUUCUAUGGUUCAAGGGUUAGAGGAUUGGAAGAAGAUUGGGAAUGAAUGGAACGUGUGGGUUCACACAUGGAACAAUAUCGUCAUGAUGGAAGACGAAGGAGUGGAGCCCUCUUUAGUUUCGGUACACAGGUGGACAUGGAACAAAAAACUAAUGAACAUAAUGAAAAGACAAUGCCAUCCUAAUGGUCUUCCAGACAGACAUUUCUAUAAAAAUGUCAUCUUUGGACCUACCCUAUGGACUCAAGAGGGGGGACACGACUCCUGGUCUUUCCCCGGUGUUAGGGAUGCGAUUACGGAAAAGAACUGGGAUGAAGCUCAAAAACAAAUCAACAAUGUUGGAAAUCUGCUUGUGUCAUCAGCCCAAUCAUUUAUGGAUGAAACUUCGAACACCUUUUAA